AUGAGACGAUAAUACUCCUAUACCUACCAAAUUAAGAUUUCAGAAAAAAAUAUUAAUUAAAUUUAAAUAACUCUUGAUAAUAAUAAGUACGGUUGUACUGAGACAUUUAAAAAAAUAUUAGAAUUAAGUAAAAUAAGUCCUUCUCUUUAAAUAAUUUCUCUUGUAAUUGAUUACUAAAUUUUCCCUUACUGUUUAAAUUAACUUUUUUAGUAAUUAAAGAGGAGAAAGUAUGAAAAUAAAAGUGUAGAGAAGGAUAAAUUAUAGGAAUUAUUUUUGAAAUAUCAAAGUUUGUUUAUUUAAGAAUUCUUAGAAGAUUUAAAAGUAUACUCAAUAGAAGAAAAAUUUGGAUAAAUCACAGAAAACAUUUUUGAUGAAUAGAAUUAAAGUGAUUAAAUUUUAAAAUCUAAACUUUUAAAAGGAUGGUUCCACAAACAUCAAAAAAGUUUUUGA